UUUUUCAUAUUUUCAAUUUUAUUAUGAGUUCUGAACAAUUGAACAACAACAAUUCUUCUAAUGAAGCAGGGUUGAAUUCAGUAACAGAAAAAGUACUUGAUGUCAGUUUACCACCAAGUGAAUGGUUUGAUGAAAUGUUUGGACCUUCAAUUUCUGUGUUAUCAGACAUUGAUAAGACAAAAAAUCAAACGAAUGGAACUACGGCUCGUCAAAUUACAAAAACGCCACGGAGUAAGGACAUUAAAACUGAAGUGGUUGAUAUAUCUGAUGAUGAUGAGCAGAAUAAGACAGUUGUUCAGCCAAUUAAUUUGUCUGAUGAGUUCUGCGAUGUUACCCAGGCAGAAAGUAUUGCUUCACUGAGCCACAAUGAUCUUGAAUUAACCCCUAUUGAUGAUGAUAUUCAACCUUUGGAAAUGACAACAGAAGCAAAUGCUUUAAGUGCUGAGCGACAUAACAUAACUAAUGAAUUAAAGAAAAUUGUUUUGACCAAAAGUCGUUUAAAUGUUCUUGCUGAGGCAUCGGCUGAAUCUUUUCACAAGGCUGUAAUUGGUUGUUUUGUUCGAGUGCAUGUACCAGGGAUUGCAGAACAUUUCAAAGAUUUACUUUUUUUUGAUCAAAUUGAAAAUGUUUUUGAACCGAUGAGUUUUCAACAUUUUUGGUUUAAUCGGCGUUUUAGACUUGUUAACUUUGGUGAUUUUGAAAUUGGAAAUAUUUUUGACGUGGAGGUUAAUGAUAAUGAUAUCCGUAAAUGGAUAUGUUAUGUUGAAGCUAAAGAUGGUAAACUGCCAACUAUGGAAUUUAUCAAACAGAAGGAGGCAGAGUUAUUUUCUGCAAUGAAGCAAAUUAAAGAAAAUCCUAAACAACAAAACAAAAUAAUUACAAUUUCUCCUAGCAAAGUUAAAAUUAAGCAGGAGAAUUUAGAACAAAUAACGCUGGGAAUUGAUUCACUUCGCAAUUUGGCAAAAUUGGAUUUUGAUCGUUUUCGACAAACUGUUGAGGGAUGUUUUGUUUGUAUCCAGGCAAUUAGGAAAGACAAACCACCAAAUUGCCAAUAUCAUAUUUGCCCAAUUAAAAAAUGUAUUAGAAGCGGAAAAGAGUAUAAAAUUAAAAAUGUUGCUGUUGUUGAUUAUCAGCUUGUACUUCCAUAUUAUGGCAAAUACAAUUUAAAUUGGCUGCGUGAUGAUUUUUCUAUUGUUAAUGAGGAUGGUUUUAGACUUUGGAUUGAAGAUAUGAAUUUUUGGAAUGAAGAAAUUCCAAAUUUGGAUCAGAUUAGAAAUAAAGCUGCUAUACUUCAAUUAAUGUUAACUGAAGCAGCAACAUUGCCAACUCUUAAAGAAAAGGAUCAAAAUUCGGAAAAUGAAAAAUAUAAGAACAUGCCUGUGAAAUCAGCACGUGAUUUAGAUGGUUGUUUGUUAACCCAUCAACGUUUAAAGAAACUUUCUAUACUUUGUGAUCAAGUUGAAUUAUUGGAUAUGACAAUGACUGGCUGUUUUGUUCGUUUGAAAAUUGGGCCUACUAAACAAUUUAAGGUUGAUCAAGUCAAGCGCGUCGAAAUGGUUGAGGUUAAGGAGGAAAAAGACAAAGAAACAAGUGAAAUCUCAAAUGAAAGUAAAAAGAAAGAAUUAGUUUUGCAUUUAAAUUCUAUUGGCACAAUUACAAUGAGCAAUUUAUUUAAAGUAGCAAGUCAAUUUAAAAUUGAGGAGCAAGAAUUUCGUGAAUGGCUUCGAAUUAUGCAUCGUCGUCACGUUGAUGAAAUUCUUCCGACAAAAGAAUUUCUCGACAGAAAACAACAAGAAAUAGAAAGGGCAUUGAAAUUAGCCGUUGAUAAAGAAGAUAAGGAAGAUAGAGAAAGGCAAAUUACUCGCUCAGAAAUUGUUAAUCGUGUUAGUCGUCCAAAUUUUGAUAAAUCACGCCAUAAUAGAAAGACUGCUCAAUAUGAAUCAACUUCAGAACGAACACCGGUAAAUCGACCUCGCUCAGCUGGUCCGACGCGUGGAAGACAGUGGAGUGGAUAUAAGGCAUAUCAGGCGUAUUCAACUCGACCUGUUGUUCAUACAACACCCGGAGUUAAACCUGGGUGGACUUCAUCAGGAAUGAUUAAUUCUAUCAAUUCUACUGAUCUAUACAACAGUGGAAGUGAUAUGCUUGAAUCUCUGCGACAACAACAGCAACAAACUGAUAAUUUAUCUCUCUUAAGCAGCACUAGCGAUCAUCAAUUUUUUCCAUCUGUGAAUAAUUCUAUACUUGGAAAACGUUCAACUUUUCCCGAAGAUGCGCGUCGAGGAAUGUUGGAUUUGUGGAAAACACAAUUAAAAGCUACAGAGCAACGACAACGUGAACAAAUUUCUUUGAUCGAUGAUGAACCUACUUCUGAUUUUCGUGUUCCUUUUGUACGUGGCGGCACUAUUCUUAACGACCGUUCUUAUGAAACUGAGUUACGUUCUACUCCAAAUUUUUACUCUUCAUCUCCCAUUCAGAAAUCUGCGCCUCAAUACGUUUCGGGUGGUCUCUUCACUCCAGGAUCUCGUCGAAUUGAUGUACCUUCUCGUUAUCAAUCAAAUUCUACAAGUUUGUUAAAUGAUCUUGCAGGGGAACAGAUAUUUUCUAAUGCUUCUACUUCAUCUGCGGCUCGGACAGUUGCUGAACUUCUAUCACUUUAUGAUCCAUAUAAUACACCAACAUUAGCUGCAAAGAGAUCUCGUCCAUUAUCACCAUUGGCUCCGCCAGUACAACGCUUCUUUUGA